GUUCAUUCAGAUUCAGUCGGUCGUGAAACGUUAAAACGUGCGAAACGUUGUCAGCGACGUUAUCUAAAAUUCCCUGAGUUUCCGUUCUAUAAAUCUUAGCUACAAAUAAUUAACAACAGCAGCGGCAACAUUUGAAAUCAAGUACUUGCGAGAUAAAGCUUGAACAAACGGUGCGCUCUCUAACGGUACUCCUGCUCAGAAUGGCGGCGACAAAGCAGCAAGAGGCGGAGGACAGCGAGCACAAUCCCCAAGUGGUUGUGACUCCUUCGGGAGCCGCUCACAGCGUGCGACAUGAUCGCAGCCUGUGGCGAGACUUGACCGCCUACUGGAUACUCGGUCUGUGUAAUAACUAUGGCUACGUGGUCAUGUUGAGUGCUGCCCACGAUAUCAUAGCGCAGUUCAACGAUGAGGAGACGGAAGUUGGCGAUGAAGGUGGCAAUGGACGCGAAUGCCAUUUGGUGUCCACCGGCGCCAUUUUGCUAGCGGAUGUGCUACCCUCGCUGUUUGUCAAGAUACUCAUGCCCUUCUUUCCCUUCUGGGUCAAUGUACGCAUUGGCUUGGCGGUUGCCUUUUCUGCAGCGGGUUUUCUGCUUGUUGGCUUUGCGAAUGCCGAGUGGAUGGCGUUGUUGGGGGUGGUCAUCACCUCAGCCAGCAGCGGCAUUGGUGAGACAACCUUUCUGGCCUAUUCCUCGCGCUUCAACAAAAAUGUCAUCUCCACUUGGUCAUCGGGCACUGGAGGAGCUGGUGUCAUUGGCUCAUUGAGUUAUGCCACGCUGCGCUCCUUGGAUGUCAGUCCACGUGAUACAAUGCUCAUCAUGUUGGUCUUUCCCGCCAUUGAAGCUUUCGCUUUCUGGUUGCUGUUGCGACGUCCUCAGGUGUUGCCUGUCACCACCGUGGAAUCCACUGAGGAACUCAUCAGCGAUGAUAAACCGUUGGUGGGCUUCAAGGAGAAGUUGUCCUACAUCAAGCACCUGUUUGGUUACAUGCUGCCGCUCUGUCUGGUUUACUUCUUUGAGUAUUUCAUCAAUCAGGGCUUGUUCGAGCUGGUUUACUUUGAGAACAUCUUCUUGGAUCGCGCUUCGCAGUAUCGCUGGUUGAACGUGGAUUAUCAGAUAGGUGUCUUCAUAUCGCGCUCCUCCGUCAAUCUCUUCCAGCUGAACAAGAUCUGGCUGAUGUCAGUAUUUCAGUUUGUCAACGUCGUCUACUUCCUCACCGAGGUCAUUUGGUUCUACACGCCCAGCAUCUGGAUUGUGUUCACCAUUGUGCUGUGGGAGGGUUUGUUGGGCGGUGGCGCCUAUGUGAACACCUUCUAUCGCAUGUCCAAGGAGAUACCGCCAGGUCGUCAGCAGUUUGCCAUGGCCAUGGUGGUGCAAUCCGAUUCCUAUGGCAUCGCCCUGGCCGGUUUCCUCGCCAUUCCCGUGCACAAUGCCAUCUGUGGGCUGCCUGCCUCGGUGCGCGGCGUUGUCUGGUAACAGGAAGAACAGCACAAAAAUGCGCUCAUAAUGAGUAAUUGAUUAUGCCUUUAAACUAGCUAAUGAGUAGAGUAUAAAAGUGUGUGUGUGUGAGUGUGUGAUUAUGUAUGUGUGUACAUUCUGUAGUAUUAUCUGUGUACGUGUGUGUGUGCGUGUGUGUGUUUGUAAUCGGAGCCUUGUUGAGGCCCAGCUAAGUUCACAUUUGAAUUUAGCUUAACUUUUAUUAAUCUUAAGCCGAAAAUUUAAUAAUACAAUUAACUAUUCAAUAGUCAGGGUCUUUACUUUUAAAUACUCGUAAAAGAAAGCACACAAAGUUACCAUAUUUUACAUUACAAAGUUGAUGAUAAAUCGAAUUUGCUAACGUUACAGAUCUGAAUUAAAAUAAAUAAUUUGAACAUUUUGUUUGAUGACUCAAAAAGAAAAUAUAAU